AGAUCCAGCUGUGAAACUACUGUCGGAUUCCCUUCCUGCCCGCCCCAUGUUGGGGAAGGGCGGCCUCUCAGCAAGUGGACGAAGGCGGAGCUGACGCUUUCUACUACGUGCAGAGCAACAAAGCUCGGCCGGAAGAUUCGUGCGUGCGGUUGCCGCAGCUCAAGUAGCUGAACAUGUUUGGAAUGCUCAGAAACUCCCUUUUUGGCACAACAGAAGUUUGGCCCUGCCGGGUGCUGAGGAAAGGGGAGAAGGAUGAUGUAGCAUAUGAAGAAAGGGAGUAUGAUGGUGGCAAAUUUGCUACUGUUGAGCUCACUGGAAAACUCUUUGAUGAGGCCUUGCGUGAAGCUGUUUUGAAACUCCUCAAAUACAUCGGAGGAAGCAAUGACAAGGGAACUGGGAUGGGAAUGAUGGCUCCUGUGUGCACCACUGUCUUUCCUGGGCAAGAUGGGUCAUUGCAACAGAAGGUGAAAGUAUUGCUACGCAUCCCAAGUCAGUUCCAGGCCAAUCCUCCAUUGCCCAAUGAUGAGAGUAUCCAGAUUGAAGACAGGGAAAGAAUGACUGUUUACUCCAUGCAAUUUGGAGGCUAUGCCAAGGAAGUAGAUUAUGUGAAUUAUGCAGCUAAAAUGACUUCUGCCUUAGGAAAUGAGGCAACCUUCCAUGAAGACUUCUAUUUUUGCAGUGGCUAUGAUCCCCCCAUGAAGCCCUAUGGUCGACGCAAUGAGGUUUGGUUAUUGAAAAAAUGACUAUCCAAGUGUAGACUGAUCCUUUCUUUGGCUCACUGUUGAGGGAGCGACAAAGCAUACAUGCCAAUGAAUCAAGGCUAUCCCCAUAUUGCCAGUUUCCAUAUACCCAAAUCUAAAUCAUUGCCACAUCAGUAACCCAAAAAAGCCAUAAUGCAUGCUUAACACAUUUUUACGGCCCCUUUAUGUGUAGUCUCACAGUGUUGGAUCCAUCUCUCCCAAGGCUGCCCAAGGGGAUACUAAGCCAGCUGUGCUUACAAGCCAGCAAAACUGACAUCUGUUAACAGAUGGUCAUUUCCCACAGGCUUUGCCAACCUGUUACAACUACCUGGAAUGGGAGAGAGUUUCUGUCUUUAGUCCAAGUCAUCCCCACAGGCCAUUCUCCAAAAUGGUGCUGGAAUACCUCAGCUGAUGUUACACCAAAAACACAUUCACAACACUGUCUACAUGAAUAUUUUAAUACUGAAACCAGGUUUGAAGCCUUUUGAGUUGUAACACUGGCAAACAAACAUUUAGGACUGGCAGUGUUAAAAUGAAUUGGAACUAUGACUUUGGCAACAUCCACCACACCUGCUGUCAUAUAAGGGAAUUGCUCUGAGAAAUUGUGCUGUACAAAACUGGGGGAAUAUUUAAGGGGUUGUUUUGUAGAAAAUUGUAGACCACUAUAGACAUUGUGGUCAGUGUGCAGCUGCCUAUGGCCUUUGGUCUUUUGUCUAGCAAAUAAAGUUUCUCCCUAUUACUGCUGUAUCAGUUCAAGCCAUAAGAAGCGAUACCGUCACUUUGGUGUGCUAGGAGACAGUGGGACAGCUUCACUCUGGGGAAUCUGACCUGUCUGCAAACUAUUGACUAUACAACCAGCAAGGUACAGAGGGUAAAUGCAGAGCCUCUCCAGAAAAGAAUUGUGUUUAUGUGGAGGGGAGAGAUGAGAGAUGCAUUUAGCAGUGAUGUUAGAGGUACAGUCCUUCAGGUGCUGUAACUCCAGUACAACCAUCAGCCUCACAGCCCAACCCAUGACAUGGCUAUGGUUGUGGGGUCAAAAAUAUCUGGGCCAGUCUAGAAAAUAUACAGGAGAUUUGUGAAAAGAGUUUCCUGACAUUUCUGUUUUUUCCUCAAUACCAGAUGUGUCCUCCAACCAUGGUAUGGGCUGAGAUGGUGGAGGAGGGAGGAGAUUAAUUUUUCUUUCUGUGACUUAGAGAAAAUGUUGCUUAUUUCAGUCCCACCCCUGUUGCUAUUUGGCCUCCUGGGGUAAAAACUCAGAGAAGCUGCUUCUAGGAGAAAAUAGAGGUGGCAGUAGAUGUCUUUCCCACAUCUUUGGCACUUUCCCAGCAAUUACAGCUGGUGGUUUUAGCGCUGGGAAACAGGUUUCUUGGCAACAGAAGCACUGGAAUAACAUCAUAUGGGAAGACAAGCAAUAGGUCUUUACCCUUCCUGAGAAAACAGCAGUGUCUUGAAUGGCUGACUUUAACUGACAGGCAGAGUAGCAGGAUGGAUGUGCCCUGUUUUACAUACAUAUAAUUCUGCUGAAUCUAUGUUGGUACAAACUGUUUUGUGCAUCAUUAAACAAAAGGAAAAGAUCAAA